UCAGUUCUUUAAACGAUCAUCAUGAAAACAAUUGUGUGCUUGCUUGCGUUGGCCUUCGUGGCUUCAGUCAGUGCUUUCCCGAGAUCAACGAACCGUUGUGCGAACGAACCAAGUGGAACUAUCCUGCCAUCCCUUCAGUGCCAGUUCUACGUCGUCUGUCAGAAUGGUCAAGAACACCAAGUGCGCUGCCAACCCAUGGGAACCUUCUUCGACGUUAACCGCAUGGUCUGCGACAGCCGUCCAAGUGUCACGUGCUGGGAUGGAGUGGUCACUACGACGACGACCACCACCACUACGACUGAGGCUCCGGUGACCACUGAGGAAUCGACCACUGAAGCAACCGAAACCACCGCUGAAGAAAUCGUCACUGAAGAAUCCACCACCGAGGAAAUCAUUACGGAAGAAGUCACCACUGAGGAAAUCCCGGAGGAAACCACCGUGGAGGAAAUCGUCACGGAGGAAUCUACCACCGGUGAACCUGCCACGACUGCUGCUCCGCCAAACUUUACCGAAAUGUGCCGCGGGGUCGUCGUUGACAUUUUGCCCCACCCAACGGAUUGUGCGCAGUUUGUGGUCUGUGUCAUGGGCCGUUAUCAGCUGGAGCAGUGCGAUGAGGGUCAAAUUUUCUACCCGAUGGUGCGCAUUUGCGGGGUUGGAAAUCCAGACCAGUGCGAAGCAUAA